GUGCCUGUGAUAGAGCUAGGACUGUUUUUCUUACAGACACCAGGAAAAUGAUGCGCCUUGCUGCUCAGCGUAGCCGGGGCCUGCUGGCGCCCGGCGCUCGCUUCCUCCGAACCUCGGCGGCGUCUGCUGAGGAGAGCUCGGUCGCCAACCUGGUGAAGUCGGUCAGUGAGACCUCGGGUGCCAACUUGCUGGCGAGCCUGAAGGCGGAGCAGGCGAAGCUGAAGCCAUUCUACCCGGAGCCCGCAGCAGCGGCUGGCUGGUCGCUGCAGGCGCGUGUGGCUGUCCUGGGUCUGAUCUCAUGGACGCUAUACCGCCUGGACACCCAGGCCCGCGCGCACGAGUGGAUUGUCGACCUGUCGCUGGACGUGCUCCAGGCGGCAUGGUACGUGUCUUUCCUGUCGCUCAUCCCCUUCCGCUCCGUCUUCGUGGCGCUGCGCGGUAUGGCUCCCGCCACCGCCGCUCCCUUCAACGGUCUGCGCAGCGCUGUGGCGCUGAAGCCGUAAGCAGCGGGUCCCAGCAAUUCAAAUAAGCGCUCGACUGUCUGCGGAUGGCGGAGCAUUGUGGCGGCAGCCCCUGGAGCAGCUCGGAGCUGGAGCGUUCUUAGCACUGCCGUCUGGUGGUGUGAUGCCAGGGAGUGCUCUUGAUGGAGCAUGGAGGAGCUGGCGUGGCGGACGGCCCGGCACCAGCAAGCGCGGCGCUUCGGUGUUGUUCGCACGCCCGUGGGAGGCUUAGCGACAUAAGUGCAAUGACUGUGGCGAGCAGCAGUGAAGUCGUAGCGGCAAGGGCAGAGGUUUGGUCAUGGACACGUGGAAUGGGGUUGCAUCGCGUGCGCCUGGGCCAGGAUUGAGGCCCUGAGGCCCAGUGGAUGAAGGGAAUCAGGUAGCAGCAGGUGUUGGUCGACACACGUGUCGGACGUUUUCCGGCCGUGAAGUUGUCGGCAGGACCUUGGGGUAAGGAACAGGACGUGUUGUGUCUUAAUCAGGGAACUGUCAACGCACAGGAGGAUAGGUACAGAGUGGUGUACGCGUGUUAUGUUACGGGAACGGGGACGUGUGCAUGUAAGCAAACAGAACGUCACGAUAAUCCUUCUGUGGGCUGUGCGUUGCUGCGUUGGCAUAGAGUGCGGACGUGUGGGUUUAUGCGCAUCCCUAGGAUUGGGGCUGGAUAGGAUUGGGGCAUGAUCGUGGCAUGAGGGGUUUCUAAAGGCGUACAUAGAGACAGCACAGCAGAAUGUGGUUGAGUUGUGUCCCUGUCAGGCCUGGGCUGAGCCCCCCCGAGCGCACCGAUUCAGGGAGCGCGAAUGACAUGACGCCAUCACAACUGCGCUUCUAGCAGGACAUACAGCUACAGCCAUCGAUGCAAACUGCUCAGCCAUUGCGGCCUGGCCACGUUGCUCCGCCCAGCAGCGCCCGGCCUCUUUCUACAACCGUGCAAGCGCGUUGCCU